AUGGCAUCCAGACUGGAAAUUGUGGACCAUGUGGCUACCAUCACCCUUUGCCGCGAAAAGGAGCGGAACUCGCUGGACAGCAAGCUGCUAAGCUCACUUGGCAGCCAGCUGACGACAUGCAUGAAGGAUGAAUCUGUGCAUGUCAUUGUCCUCACGAAUUUGGGGAACACCUUUUCAGCUGGCGCAAACCUGAAAAGUGCACAAGAGACUUGCGAAUACAGUUUGGUCGACAUCUUCAACUUGAUGCAGCAAGGACCCAAGGUCAUCAUCGGCAAGAUCAACGGUCACUGCACUGGGGGAGGCGUGGGCUUGGCGGCCGCUUGCGACCUGUCGGUGAUCCGCGACGAUGUCCAGGUGAUUUGCCUGCCCAAGAUGACCCGUGGCAAAGCUGCCGAGAUGAUGCUGUGUGGCCUGAAGGUCUCAGGGCAGCAGGCAGCGGAAGCGGGGCUUUUCACUGCUGCAAGGAGUGCUGAGCAGAUGGAUGGCCAGGUGGAAGAGUGGGUCGACCAGAUCCGCCAUGGCGGCCCAAACGCACUUGGUGCGACCAAGUCGCUUAUCUACCGAGUGCCCGGUAUGGCCCCGGCGGAGGCCUUUCAGUGGACGCAGGAGUUGUCGAUGCAGCUCUUCACCGGCCCCGAAGCGAGGGAUGGCAUUAUGGCCUUCGCCAGCAAGAAGAAAGUACCAGCUCUGGCGAUUGGCCAGGAGCCGGUCGUACUUGCCCGCCAGAAGUGUGGCAGUUGCGCGGCCCGUGCAGAGGCAGCUCGCUGGCGCGAAUUGGCUGAGCAGCGCGGAGAGGAGCUGGCCGACCUACGCGCCAGGCUGGCGCCACCCAAGGAUCCUGGGGCCCUGGCCGCGAUUCAAGCACCUGAGGGACAAUCGCCGCCAGUGAAAGUUCGCUUGUCCCGGAAGCUGGGGAAGGCCGGCCACCCGCAGUACUUUGACAUUUUCUCGCCCCAGGCACUAGCUAUGCCUAUCCCGGAUUGUAAGAUUUGUGAGGAUGUGGAUGCCAAUCUGGAGCUGGUCGUUAGGAUCCGUGGGGCACCUGCUGUAAGCACAUAUCUGCCAAGCUCGACGGAGUUGCCCGGCCCUCAGCGCCAGGAAUCCAGGGCAGGUCAAUGGUCAGACCCUUGUGCCGUGGCAGCUGUGAUACGACAAUAUGGCAGAUACAACCUGGUCCAGUCCCGGCCCCACACCAGCGGCUUCGUGCGAUCCAACGCGCAUGGACAGCGGCUGGCACGUGCGUGGUCGCAGUCCGACCUCUCGCAGUUGAGCAUCCUCGAGAGGAACACUCGACAAAUGCUGGAGAAGGCGACCAACUCGAUGCGGUUGCCCUUCCUGGAAGAGGAUUGCUUGAGGACCUUGUCAAUCCCUAUGAAGACUCGAGACCUGUCGGACUGCAAAAAGAAGUCGCGCUCCACGGCAAUGCUGGAUGUGGCUGGCUUCGGUUUGCAGUUGGAUGAUGAAGAGGAGAAGGGAGAAGAGCCACCAGUGGAAGAAGCCAUUGAGCAACUCAAGAGGCUGGCAGCACAAGCCACCGAUCCCAAGAUGUCAUUGGCGAUCUCAGGCAUUGUUGGCGAGCUGCAAGCGGGAGUUUGCACUGUGCGUUUCUAUGCUGACGGCAGCAUUGGUCGCUUCGUGACCCUGCAUGCCUUGCGGCUACUGCGGCCUGAGGACGACCAUGUGCUCAUGCAGGUGGGCCGCUGGCGACCACGGAACGGUUUUCUUCCGAGCUGUGGUUUUCCGGGCAGCAAGCGUCCCUCUGCCAAAGACUUCAAUAGCUACAUCGAUUUCUUGAUUCGUGAACUGUCAGGUGUCUUGGGGCCGCAGCUGGUGCGCAAGACAGGUACUGCAGCAGAUAUCUUCAAAGAAGAGUCUUCUCAAUUCGGCACUAUGACCACAUACAGAAGGAUGUUGCAGCUAGCAACCUUGCAGCCUCGUGAUCGGAAGAGCUUGAAGCUGGACCCAUCGGUGCAACAGCUACAUCAGCUGGGGCCUCCUUGUGUCAUUCAAGGGGUGCCUUUGUCCAACUGCACGGUGACAGUGGUGCUACGCAGCCACUUGGAGGCCGAGGUCUAUUCAUGGAUCCCGGCUGCUCUGGUGGAUCGCCUUGAUGAGAGCAAGGAAGUGAAGAAAGAGUUGAAGAACUGGGCCAUGCGCUUUAGUGAGCAGAUCUGCUCCGAAGGCCUCCGGCCGGGCGAGAAGGCCCCGAGUGCUCGGAACCCACUCAGCGCCACCAUGGCCGCACGGUGA